AUGGAUAAGGAAUCUGGAAUUGCAAAAAUUACUCUUAAUCACCCAGAGAAGAAGAAUGCCUUAUCAGGAAAAAUGAUAGUUGACCUGGUGGAGAUUAUAUCAGAAUUGGAGAAAUGGAAAUCUGGAAAAGGCCUUUUCCUUCAUGGCACUUCUCAUACUUUUUGUUCUGGUGUCUCCUUCUUUCGUUCUGUUUCACAUUUCCAAUUUUGGAAGAUCCCCCACCACUUCUGGGAGGAGCCAUUAUAUGACAUCAGUCUUCAUGACCUCUCGUUCUUUCUUUCUCUGUUUCACACUUCCAAUUUUGGAAGAUCCCCCCUCCUCCGGGAGGAGCCAUUAUAUGACGUCAGUCUUCCUGACGUCUCCCUCAAUUGCUCAUUCUGUCUUCACAAUUAUAAAUUUCUUUCUCAGGAAAUUUUGGUUAAUAAUUUUCCCAGUACAUUGAUUCCUUUCAACAGUCAACUUUAA